AGCUUCGUGUGCUGGACGUGACACACCACCAUGGACCCACGAAAAGUGGCGGAACUGAAGGGCUUCGUGCAGCUAUGCGAGUCCAAUCCGGGGAUCCUGCACCUUCCAGAGAUGAGCUUCUUCCGCUCCUGGCUACAGAGCAUGGGAGCUACACUUCCUCCCCAAGAGAUGAAACGGGAGUCGUGUCAGACUGGCUGUCCUUGCGGUCCAUCUCCGUCAGCAGCUUCGCCUCCUGAACCAGAACCUCCAGUUCAGUCUGAGAGCGAGGAGAGUGAAAUAGAAUUUGAUAACGACGGCGUAAUCGAGCCAGACACAGUUGAUGCGCAGGAUAUGGGCGAGUUUGAAAACACGGAGAUAACCGAGGAGAUGAUGGAUCAGGCCAACGAGAAGAAAAUUGAGGCCAUUAAUGCCCUUGGAGAAGGCGACCUGCAGAAGGCGCUGGAUCUUUUCACCGAAGCCAUCAGGCUGAAUCCCCGCUUAGCAAUCCUUUACGCCAAGAGGGCGAGCGUCUACAUCAAGAUGCAGAAACCCAACGCAGCCAUCAGAGACUGCGACCGGGCCAUCAGCAUUAAUCCAGACUCUGCACAGCCCUACAAGUGGAGGGGGAAGGCUCACAGGCUGCUCGGUCACUGGGAGGAGGCUGCCAGGGAUCUGGCUACAGCCUGUAAACUGGACUACGACGAGGACGCUAGCGCGAUGCUGAAGGAGGUUCAGCCAAAGGCUAAUAAAAUUGUGGAGCACAGACGCAAAUAUGAGCGUAAGAGGGAAGAGAAGGAGAUCAAAGAGAAGCAAGAGCGCGUAAAGAAAGCCAGAGAGGAGCACGUGCGGGCUCAGAGGGAAGAGGAAGCACGGCAGUUUGGAGGUGGAUUCUUCCCAGGUGCCGGUGGUUUCCCGGGUGGAGCUCCUGCUGGCAUGCCUGGUCUCGGUGAUCUCUUCAAGGAUCCUGAGCUGCUGAAUGCCAUGAAGGACCCUGAGGUGAUGGCUGCUUUCCAGGAUGUGGCGCAGAACCCUGCCAACAUCUCCAAGUAUCAAAACAAUCCUAAAGUCAUGGCCCUCAUCACCAAACUCAGCUCCAAAUUUGGAGCUUCCCCACAACCGUAAACGGGCCCGGAACCAAAUCCAAGUGCAAACGCGGCGAAGCAGACUGGAGAGCGGCGCUUUUCGAUUACUCACUGUGUUAAGUUAAGCAGGAGCUGGUGACGGGUCAGCUGGAGCGAGGUAGAAGUUGGGCUACUUUAUAAACAAUGAUCCUAAUCAACACCUUAGUUCUAUAGCAACAUCUAAUCAAAGCAUCCCGACGGUUAGGAAUGAUGUUGGAAUCUGGGAUAACCUUGUUUCAGCUGGAACUUCAUUUAACAGCAGGUUGAUCUUUUUUUUUUAUUGAAACGGCUGCACUGCUAGAUUGCCCCUCCCCCCUCGUAUUAAGAUAUGAACGUUUCUACAGCCAUUUAAUACGUGGUUUAACCUCUGACUGUCUCUGAACACAGCUGAACUCUCACGAGCGUUGGCAUGUUUUGUUAUUAAUCUGUUAUAAAUGCAAAUAAAAGGAUGUCUGUCUCACCCUGUUGAAAAAAUAUUCACAAUAAAACUAUUUAAAAACA